AACAUGACAGAGAACGGUAGAGUCCACACACACGUCUAACUGACCACAAGAUAAACAUUUGUUAUUUACCAGAGUCAUACAGCACUUACUGAGACAACACGUGAAGUAAUAGUUAUACUUAUUUCUAACAAACAAUUAAUGGGGAGAAGAAAUGUUUUAAACUGCACAAAGGUUGAAGGAAGUUGAGUAAAAUGGACGACGCUCCAGUUAUCUAUGGUCUGGAGGACUUUCAGGCUCGGGCAUUGGCCGCUCAUGCUGCUGAAACAGAAAAAAUUAAUUUCCUUGUGGGAACUCAGUCUUUAAGAAGAGUUAAUCAAGUUCAACUCAUUGAAUUUGAUGAUGACACAAGUUUGGUAACUAAACAAACAUUUGAACACCCUGCUGGGGAAGUAUGGAGGAUUGUUGCUGCUCCACAGAGUCCAGAUCUAAUUGCUACCGUCUAUAAUAACACACAAGAUUAUUGUGGUGAAUUUGGGGCAGCAAUAUGGAGACUCCCUCUUGAAGGAUCCUCGUCUGGCGUGCUUGAUGAUACACGGACCGGCGGUGAACAAGUAGAAAAAUUAUGCAGUUUGGACGGGACCUGUAGAGGCGACCCCCAGAUCCCCGGUUCUCCCGUCCACGGGCUGGGCUCUCAGGCGUGGUCGGUUGUGUGGGCGCCCGAGUAUGAUUCACGUCUGGUCACACUAGUCGACAAUCGGCUCUAUUACUGGGACAUUGAAGCUGCAGGGAAGUCAGCCAAGAUAAUAGGAGAAGUUACUGUGGAAGGCCGAGGGAGUGUGAGUCUGGGGACUGGGCGCUGGUAUCCCCAUCAGCUUGGCUCACAAGUUGCUGCCACUCAUGGGUCUAAUGUACGAGCCUGGGAUGUUCGCACCAUGAAGCCAUCUUGGUGUGUUGAGGGAGCACACACACAGCUUGUAAGAGAUCUGGACUUUAACCCCAACAUGCAGUACUACCUCUCCACAUGUGGGGAUGAUUGUAAGACCAAGUUCUGGGAUAUUAGAAACACUCAUCAGCCUCUCAAAGAACUUGGCGACCACUCACACUGGGUCUGGAGCGUCCGAUACAACGCUUCCUACGACCAACUGGUACUGACCUGCUCUAGUGACCAGAGAGUUAUUCUAUCUAACUUACCAUCCAUUGCCUCUCAGCCUUUUGGUACUAUGGUGGAUCAGGAAGAAAGCAGCAAAGAAGAGAGGGAAAAGAGUGAGGGGACAGAGGAAGGAGUUAUCCAGAUCUAUGAUGACCAUGAAGACUCUGUGUAUGCUGUUGAAUGGUCCGCUGCAGACUUCUGGACCUUUGCCUCUCUUAGCUAUGAUGGCCGCCUUGUGAUAAACAAAGUACCGCGAAGUGUUAAAUAUAAGCAAUUCAUGUAAGUUCCUAAUAAUAAAUGGUGUAAGGUUUCAAAUAUAAAAGAUGUAUAUUGUAUAUUUAUCUAAUGGUUAAUAUCGCGGUAGGUCCUGUAUUUUAGGUUUAACCGGUCAAAUCAAUGACUAAUGCAAAAUAGGUACAGUACUGUAUAUCAAGUGAUGCUUUCAGGUUUAUUUGACUUUCCGUAUCAUAACAAGGAAUAUGUAAAGUGAAUAGUACAGUACUGUAUAUAUUAUUAUUGUUAUAUGUUUUAUGAAACCAUAUUGCAUGAGAAUUAAUAUGUAUUUGAUUGUUAUUUGGUAUACUAUAUUAGGAGCAGGUUAUGGUAUGUGUUUCCACUCUGUAAUUGUGGGUUGGUGAUAGGAAGGGCAUCCAGCCUUCAAACUUAGGCACAGUAUUUCACAUAUGCCUGAUGGUAGCCGGGACACCAUGCCAUCAGAUAAAACACAACUAAACCAAGGAAGUGUAGAAAAUAGCCAUAAAACAACAAUAAUGAUGAUGAGCAACUUUUCUUUCUUCUACCAAAUCCAUCGAUGGGAAAUACUGUGAGCAGUUCUGUUCUUUAUGUUGAAUAAUUUACCUUGUUAUGACAGUGAAAGAGUUUGUGUUUAGCCUUCACUCCAGCCACUUUACAAUACUGUAUAGUGAAAGAUUGCUUAAAAGAUUGAAAGACUUAUAAAAUGUAUUUGUCUGUACAUCUUGGUAAAUAAAUGCUGAAUAUCC